CUAGCUCUUGCCAUACCAUCUCAUCCAUACCCCGUCAUCGUCACCCCCAUCAUUCAGUCAUGUCCUGGGCUUGAAGAGAUAGAUAGAAAGAGAGGCGUUAUACAGCGAGAUCUCCGUUCCACAUACAAAUAGAGGAAAAACGCGCCUGUUCAACCUCGGAGCGUCGUUGAGCUCGUCCGACCACAACCUCUUGCUGCGGCCGAAUCAUCUUUCGCACAUCACGCAGCGUAUUUCCUCACAACUGCCUCGAUCUGUGAGAACUAUCGACAACCAAAUAGAUUGACGACCAAAACAUCACCAUGACCGACCUCAGCGCUUUCGAAGAGCAACAUCAACCCCCCGUCUCGGCACCUACGACCACCUCGGCCGUGCUCGCCGAUUCCUCUCCAGGCCCUUUCGAAGGCCCCGAAAAGCUGCUCGAGAUCUGGUUCGCCCCUGCUCCCAACCAACUCCCCCAAGUCACCCACAACCUGGGCAAUGGACUGGACUAUCGACCCAAGAAGAAGCAGGAGGAUGGCAAGGAGCGCGAUUGGCAAGGCUUGAGAAAGGUCAAGAGGGAGGUCUGGGAGGAUAUGCUCAAGGUCGUCAAGUGCCAGGUGUUGAGUGUCAUCGAGGGGGAGGAACUGGACGCCUAUUUGUUGAGCGAAUCAUCCCUCUUCAUCGCCCCUCACCUCGUCAUCCUCAAAACCUGCGGAACCACCAUCAACCUUCUAGGUCUCACCCGGAUCAUCGAGAUCGCCAGGGAAUACUGCGGGUUCGAACACGUUCACCGGUGCUUUUACUCGAGAAAGUCGUUCUUCUUCCCCGAACGACAGGUCGGACCGCAUGUCGGGUGGAAGGAGGAGGUGGAUUUCUUGGACGGGGUGUUCAACCACCAAGGAAACGCCUACACGGUCGGGCCGAUGAACGGGGAUCACUGGCUGUUGUACCUGAUCAACCCACCAUCGGGCACCACGUCGGACGAGGAGGUCAAGGACGUCAAACGUGGAAUCACGAACGGGUCGUCCUCUUCGACCUCUGCCGGCGUACAGGCGAAUGGGCACGCACACGGACAUGGGUCACGGCAGGACGGUUCCCGCGGCGAUCUGGAGAUCAACAUUCAGCGACCUUCGCACGAGCAUCAGGACCAGACGCUCGAGAUCCUCAUGACCCACCUCUCGCCCGACGCCAGGGCUCCCUUCUUCCACCCUCCUGAGCUCGACAUGAAUUACGGGAACGCAACCUCGUCCGGUUCAUCCUCCUCAGCGGACCCAGCUACCUCCUCGUCGCCCUCGGCCCGAUCGGGACAUUACCUCGGAUCCUUGAUCACCCAGCAUUUGGGAAUUGACAAGCUUUUCGACAAGGACGAGAGCAUCAUCGAUUCCUUCGGGUUCGAGCCUUGUGGCUACAGCGCCAACGGGAUCAUCGGGAGCGGGAGCGGGUACCCGAGUUCAGAGGGAGACGACCGCGAGGGUGGAGGUUACUGGACCAUCCACGUGACCCCGGAGGAAGGGUGGAGUUUCGCCAGCUUCGAAUGCAACGUACCGCUCCCUCUCAAGAACGAAGGGUUCGCUGCCAACGGCAAGCGUUCCCACCGACCCGAUCUGAAGACGCUCAUUCGACGCGUCGUCGACAUCUUCGAGCCGGGCAGACUGAGCAUCACCCUCUUCCUCUCCGCCGAGUCUGAAAACGCACUAUUGAACUCUGCCUCGGGCGCCUAUUCCAACCCGAGCGAAUCGUCCUCCCUGGCAGACUCGGGGAUCCUGGCCGACUCGGGCGUGCUCGAACCGGCUCAUGAGACCGAGGCGACCCGACGAGCCUGGACGGCGUUUUCCAAGAGCUUGUUGGGGGACGCGUACGUGAGGAAGGACAGGAUCGGGUACGAAUUCGAGGACUAUGAUCUCGUCUUUGGAUGUUUCGAAAAGAGAGGGUUCAAGCGCGCGCUUCGACCGCACAUCUCAUGACGCGGUGCGCGUUGAAAGGUACUCGAGCGGCGCUGUUCCAUCCCGCUCAUCAGAAGAACGGUGGGCACAAGUAAGGUGGCGACACUCGCUCUGAUUGCGCGGGAAAAAGGACGUUACAUACACAACACUCUUUACGUCUCGUUCUCAUCACGUUCUUUGCGCUUGUUAUAUAUAUGGGCGAGGGAUUUACUUUUCCCUUUAGAGCCUUGUACGGGUUUAUUGUUCUUUUGUAGCUUAUUACCAUUGUUGCUGGCAUUGUCUCUGCGCUGGACUCCGCAGUUGGCAGAUAUGGAUGGGUAGAAGCGAGCGACCCUACCUAGUCCCAGCUUGUCUAUG